AUGACAGAACUAAGAAAUCGGUCGCGUGCCUCUCCCGGCGACCGCUUUGACGAGUUCACCACCAUCGACUGGGUCGAGGACAACCUCAAGGAAAACCAGCGCCAACUCCUCAAAGCCUCCAACAAAACCACCACGGGUAAAAUCCAGACCAUCUUCCGCAAAAUCAAGCUCGAAACUCAGAGCUGGUUGGUGCUCACACUUAUCGGUGUUUUCAUCGGGAUCAUUGCGGGGUGUCUCAACAUCUUUACCGCCUGGCUCGUAGACCUCAAGUCCGGCCGCUGCUCCACCCACUUCUACCUCGGUAAGAGGUUCUGCUGCUGGGGCGAGACCGAGGCGAAUUGCACCGCCUGGGUCGAGUGGUCGCGCUUUGCGCCGUUCAACUACGUCCUCUUUGUGCUUUUCUCCGUCGCCUUUUCUUCGUCCGCAGCGCUACUAGUGAAACACUACGCGCCGUCUGCGGCCGGCUCGGGGAUCUCUGAAAUCAAGUGCAUCGUGUCUGGGUUCCGCCUUAAGGGGUUUCUUGGCUGGUGGACGCUUGCGAUCAAAAGCAUCGGCUUGCCCCUCACCAUCGCCUCUGGCUUGAGCGUGGGAAAGGAGGGCCCAAGUGUCCACUACGCCGCGUGCGCGGGAAACUGUAUUACCUCCUUGUUCAAGACCUACCAAGAGUCAGCAGCGAAGUCGCGUGACUUUCUCGCGGCCGCGGCUGCGGCCGGCGUUGCGGUUGCGUUCGGCUCGCCAAUGGGCGGCGUUCUCUUCUCCAUUGAAGAAAUCUCCAACGUUUUCAAGCUUCGCACGAUGUGGAGCGCGUAUUUUUGCGCGCUCGCAGCAACCACCACGCUCUCCUUGAUGAACCCGUUCCGCACGGGCCAGUUGGUCUUGUUCGAAGUGUCCUACGACAAGCAGUGGCACGUGUUUGAGAUUCCGUUUUUUAUCAUUCUCGGAGCGUUUGGCGGGGUCUACGGUAUUGUUGUCUCGCGCUUCAACAUCUACGUGGUGAGUUUUCGCAAGCGCUACUUGGCGAGUUUUGCGAUCCGCGAGGUGGUGUUACUAACGUCGCUCACUGCGAUGUUUUGCUACUUCAACGAGUUUUUGCGUUUGGAUAUGACUGAGAGCAUGCAAAUAUUGUUCCAUGAGUGCAACGCGAACUGGGACCACCGCAUCUGUGAUCUGAAAAACAACUCAUCCGCGCUCAUUUACUCGCUUAUUUUUGCCACAGCCGUGCGGAUGCUUCUUGUGGUGGUGUCGUACGGGUGCAAGGUACCGGCCGGGAUUUUUGUGCCGUCCAUGGCUGCGGGCGCGACGUUCGGGCGCGCGCUUGGGAUCCUCGUUCAGGCGAUGCAGACGCGCUUCGCAGGUGCGUUCUACUUCCGCGCGUGUGACAACGGCGAUGCGCUCUCAUGUAUCACCCCAGGGACGUACGCGUUCUUGGGCGCGGGUGCGGCCUUGAGUGGUAUCACCCAUUUGACCGUCACGGUAGUGGUCAUCAUGUUUGAGCUCACGGGUGCGUUAAAGUACAUUCUCCCGACGAUGAUUGUUGUCGCCGUGACCAAGAGCAUCAACGACAAGUGGGGCCACGGAGGGAUCGCUGACCAGAUGAUCCGCUUCAACGGCUUGCCCUUUAUUGAUAACAAGGAGGACCAUGACUUCAAUGCGCCUACGGUCAAGGCCAUGUCCACCCCGGUAGUUGCCUUUCCCGCAAUAGGCUUGCGCCUUUCCGAGCUUCAGAACGUGUUGCGCGAGACACCCUUCGCGGACUUUCCCGUUGUCGAGAGCCUCGCCGCGCCCCAUAUUCUCGGUUAUAUAUCGCGGCAGGACGUGCGGCUUGUCGAAGAGACCUUUAUGCGCAGCGGACGUUCCACCAGCUCGGAGAACUCCCCCGACUUUGUGUGCAAGUUCGCCGUGGACGGUGUGGAGGACGAUAUGAUAGAUUUCUCAGCGGUGGUGAAUCUUGCGCCGCUUCUGGUGACGGUGUCCAUGCCGUUGGAGACUACCCUCGACAUCUUUCACAAGUUGGGCCCACGGUUCAUGCUUGUGGAGACCGAGGGGGUUCUUAGUGGGAUUAUUACGCAGAAGGAUGUUUUGAGGUUUGAGGCUCAGCUUCACAACUUGGCUGCGCGGAUCCGAGAGACGUUGAGGUGGAUCGGCGGAGGGCUUCAGAGUGAGAACGAGCCGGCGCACCACGCGAAUCCAGACUUGAUUGCGCGGAUCUGGGAGACAUUGAGGUGGACCGGCGGAGGACCUCACAGUGAGCACGAGUCGGCACAGCACGAGCCGACACAGCACGAGCCGGCGCAUCACGUGAAUCCAGACUUGAAUACACAGAUCUGGGAGACGUUGAGGCGGAUCGGCGGAGAAGUUGGUGAGGCUUGGACCAUGGCAAGCCAGGCGGGAAUACGGGGGUACGCUAGAAUGAGGGGAGAAUGA